CCCGUUAUUUAAACAUGUUGGACAGCAAGCUCACAGAUAACCACAAGUACUUUACUUACGGUCAGUCAAACAUAGAUGUAAUGGGGGGAGAGGAUCAAGAGAUGGGCAUCGGCCAGGAGAGGUUGUAUCAUCGUCUUUGCGUGUUUCUUUCGAACUUUAAAAAAGUGCACUAGAGUAAAAAGAGAUAAGUGAGGAUGUUAUGCUAUUAUUAGUCUUCACCCCUUCUUUGUUCAGUUUGGUUACCCCAUUAAAGGUCUUCCACCGGUUCAGGCUACAUAUCUUCUUUGGACUGUGUAUCCCAGGCAAAAUAAUUUUUUUGACGCCCCUGCUUACAAAAGAGUCAAAAAUUAUAAGGUUUCUUUUUAACAAUUUAAAAUGUAUUUUUAGGAACUCUGCUUUAUUCUUCCUUUCUUUCUUUCUUCUUUCGUUUUUUUGCUUUGUUUUUUUAUAUUCAUUGUACAGAAAAUACGCACACAGCACGAAUUUCAAGCUUCUUUUUCUAUUACACCAACUAGCCAUCACAGACGGAAAAAAUCAAAAGGAAACCGAUCAUCUUACGCUCUUUUUUUCUUUUCAAAUCAAAGUAUAAUCGAGAGACACGGAAAAGAGAACUGAAAAGCAUCUCGUUCAAAAGAGAUAUACCAGUCAACAUAUAUCCAACAUAGAUAAACCCU